AUGCCAACCACCACUCUUUGUCACCAGUUUGGUUUUUGUCUCCAUCUUGAAGGAGUGGGAGACGCCCUUGAUCAGGUCUCUGUCCAGCAGAGCCCUCCUGAGGAAGGCGUGGGUCUCUGCAGGGUGGGUGCCAGUCCUGAGCUAGGGACGGUCCCCUGCCCUCCUCUCUGGGAAGCUGACCUCAGCCAGAGGUAUCUCCUGGUGGUGCCCCUGAGCAGUAACCUGAUUUCUGUCCCCAGCUACCUGGCCAAUGACAUGGAGGAGGACGACGAGGCCCCCAAACAGAAGAUCUUCUACUUUCUGUAUGGGAAGACCCGCUCUCACAUACCCUUGUUCCAUAAGCGUCGGUUCCAGUUAUGCCGUUCCAUGACCGGGAGGGCCAGGGAGAACCGCUCUCAGAUAGCCUUGUUCCACAAGCUUCGGUUCCAGUUCUGUUCCAUGCGCUGCAGGGCUUGGGUUUCCCCGGAGGAGUUGGAGGAGAUCCAGGCUUAUGACCCACAGCAUUGGGUGUGGGCGCGAGAUCGCGCCCGCCUUUUCUAGAGCUCCAGGGACCGUGGAGGCCUGAGGUCAUCGGCCUGAGAGAAGAACACUGGGCCCAGGGGAGAUGCGGAUUUUCAGCAGGAACUUUAUUCCAAUGCUAUGGCAGACACCAGGAAGGAGGAGAGGAGCCAUUUGUGCAGAUCAUCUAGAAGAACCUGGAUCGUUCUUGAUGGAGCUGAAUACAGUGAUCACGUUGUCCUCCUGGGAGCAGGGGUGGGGGUGGGGGGUGGGGUACUUCUAGGAGUCCUUGGAGAAAAGUAAGAAACCAGGAGUGUUUCCAGUUCCACCCUUUCCUGCGGCACCACCUCCCUUUU